GUUUAAAAUGUAUUGCGUUUAUUUUGGUGGGAGAAUUGGCUUCCAUAUUAAACCCUUAAAGGAAAAUAAAUAAACUUUAUACAAUGAAAUCUAUUGCCUUAAAAUAACGUCUUACAGAACUGCGCGUUUCGGAGCCGUGUGGAGAUCGGGAGAGCUGGACGGAUUUUUUUGCGAUUCCGGUGUGACCCUUGACCUGAGUGAUGUCAGGACUGAAGAGGCCGGCAGGGAGUGAACCCUCGACCUCCGCCCCUCCGGAGAAGAAGAGAGAGAGGGAGCGAGAUGGAGCAGCAGGAGGAGGAGGAGAGGAAGGGGGCGGGACCACGGUGGAGACUGUCAUCAAAGUGGGAGGAGUCUCGAGCACGGAGGAGCUGGAUGUCAAGGCUCUGCAGAUGAAGAACAGGAAGCUGGCUGAGACGCUGGACCAGCGGCAGCUGAUCGAGGACGAGCUGCGAGAGACGAUUGAGCGUCUGGAGAGGAGGCAGGCCACCGACGAUGCCAGCCUGCUCAUCCUGAACCGCUACUGGAGCCAGUUUGAUGAGAAUAUCCGUCUCAUCAUUCGUCGAUAUGAUCUGGACUCGGAACUCUCCGAGCCGCUGAGUGACAGGAAGGCUCUAGAACCUUCGGAGCGCAAGAGUCUAGAACCCUCGGACCCCGGAACCGGACUCCGACAGCAACCCGGAGAGAGGGAGUGUGCGAGAGAGGGAGAAGGAGGAGAGAGGAGGAGGAGAGAGAGCUGGGGCUGGAGAGGGGAGGAGAGAAGAGAGAGUCCUCAGUGAGACCGCCGCUCUCCUUCCUCGCCACCCUGGCCAGCAGCAGCAGUGAUGAGAUGGAGGCUGCCCUGCAGGAGAGGGUGGAGUCAAGCCACCGGCUCACUGAGAGGGUGCUGGAGAUCUGCGACAGCUUAC